GCAUAAACGUCAUAAUAUAAUACGGCGCGACGCCGUAUAGGAUACGUUAGCGGCAACCAGAGUCGUGUCUUAUUUAAACAUUUAACUUUCAGUUUUGAUUAAACAUGGUAUCGUAAAUUCAUGUAAUUAUUAUUAUUAUAAUGAGCGGUGGGAAAGAAGUUAUCGUCAUGAGUGACGAGGAGUCAGAGCUCAAGAAACGAGGAUACUCUUUGGGAACAUCGCUUGGCGAAGGUUCCUAUGCGAAAGUCAAGAGCGCUUACAGCGAAAAGCUUCAAAAACGAGUCGCCUUGAAAAUUAUCAGCCGCAAGAAGGUCCCGAGAGAUUUUAGAGAAAAGUUUCUGCCACGAGAACUUAAAAUUAUUGGGCAGGUAGAUCACCAGAAUGUGAUAAAGAUGUAUGAAUUAAUAGAAUUUCAUAAUAAGGUAUAUAUCGCCAUGGAGCACGCCGGACACGGUGAUCUACUGGAGUUCAUCAAACUCCGUGGUGCAAUUCCAGAGGAAAAGGCCAAGGUCAUGUUCUUUCAGUUGGCUCAGGCGAUAAAUUAUCUUCACAAUCGUAACAUUGUUCACAGAGAUCUGAAAUGCGAGAAUAUCCUGCUGGACAAUACAAAUAAUAUCAAGGUCAGUGAUUUCGGAUUCGCUCGUACUUUCGAUGCCGGUGACAUCAGUAAAACAUUCUGCGGAAGUGCUGCUUAUGCUGCGCCGGAAAUUCUGCGUGGCCAACCGUAUCAUCUGCCGCUACACGACAUCUGGGCCAUGGGAGUCAUUCUCUACAUAAUGGUGUGCGGAUCUAUGCCGUAUGACGAUUCGAACAUUAAGAAAAUGGUGAAAGACCAAACCGAGAAGAAAGUUGCCUUUUCGAAAUCAAAGUCAAUCUCAGACAUAUGCAAAACUUUAGUAUAUAGCAUUUUAGAAGUUAACAGUAAAAAAAGAACAACAAUACCGCAGAUGUUACAGAACCCGUGGCUAGCACAAGCGAAAACACAUCAAGAACCAGAAACUACUAAGAUGGAGAAAAUGUCUGCUGCGCCGAAAAUAGACUUUGGAGGUACACAGAAGAGUACUGCAAAAUGAUAAUUCAAAUGAUUGUUUGUCCAGAUUUAAUGUUGAAAAUAAAUUUGUUUCCACUC